AUGGAGAUGUUACUGCACAAGGCUUGCGAUACAUGCCGGGCCCGGAAGGCCCGAUGUAAGACGAGUGGCGCCGAUGCUUGCGAAUUCUGUCUCGUGAGUAGAUCAGCUAUUCAAUUUCCUGGUAUUUUGAAGAAUGACGAAUAUGACGUACAGUCGCGCAACAGUCCGUGUAGCUUUAGCUACGUCAAACAACCCAGAAAGCGCAAGCUGAGCCAGCCAGGGGAGCUGCCAGUAAGGUCUGGGACUAUCCCAGAGAGGCAUGAGGCUUUUGACUCCCAACAAGUUAACCGCAGCGGCACGUUGUCUAUAUUGUAUAUCGACACUUUGCUUGCCGAUAGGCAGGCCUCGCGCAUUCGUAGAGGUGUCAAUCAUCCUGAUCAAUUGAUGGCGUUAUGUGGCCCAAACCCCAACAUAUCCUUUUUCCCGGAAAAGAGAGUUCGUUUGAUCAGUCAAAGACUUGGCAACCAUCGACUCGAGCAUCUGCUCGAAGAGAUCCGAGAGCUUGUAGCAUCCAGAGUAAGGCUUGCUGCUUCUAUUCCAGGAUCUAAGGCGUUUCAAGGACGCCAGUCAGAGCCGGCUCAGCAAGUUCUACCUCAUGAGUCGUUUAAGGCGCAUAUCCUUGUGUAUUUUGAAAUGGUCCACCCUUUGUACCCUUUCCUUUGUGCUAAGACCUUCCAACGCCAAGCGUCAGCUCCAAAUCUAUUGAAUCUUCUGGCCACAGACAGAGCCUGGGCCGCACUUUACUACGCCGUCGUAGCCAUUGGCUGCCAAUACAAUGAAGGUGGCAGUUUUGAAGCCGGCGUCGGUGAGGCGUGGACAUACUUUGAACGCUCAUUAUCACACUUUCAGGACAUUAUCUUCUGUCGUGGAUCGCUCACGGCGGUGCAGGCGCUUAUGGCAAUGGCGAUCUUUUCCUCGACCCCAUCAGCUUUCCAAUUCGAGCCUCUUAUGCUGUCGGAGGCUGCAAUCAUGGCACAGGGACUGGGCUAUAAUAGAUCUAAUAGCCUCAGUGAAGAGUCACACCGGCGAACGUUUUGGGUACUGUAUUUCAUGGAGAAGGUCUCCUGCUUCAUGACAGGCAAAGUUUCAGUCUUGCACGACUCAAAUAUCAGCUGCGCUAUCCCAGACGUGAAAGUGUCGACUUUUUAUGACUAUGAUUGGUUUUUCAGUUUCUUGCAAUAUGGUCGUCUGGUGUCAAAGAUUCAUAGCGACCUUUUCACUAUAAGCUCGACCAAUCAGCCGGUUGUAGACUACAGUGCAAAAGUACAGGUUCUGCUCCAGCAGUUGGAAGCGUGGCGUUUGUCUAGUCCCAUGAGGUUUCGUGCUGGAGAACAACUCAAGCCACGCUUGCUACGCGAACCACUUGCACAGACAGUUGCGCUCAUGACACAUUAUCUGUACCUAAAUGCAUUGCUUACCCUCUCGUGGAAACUUCUACAUUCCAGUGCCGCUCGAUUGCGAACUAAUCAACAGUUGGAGUUGAAGCGUGAGCUGAUGCGUACAGCCCGAUCUGUUUUGGAGUUAACUAAAUACAUCGACGUGGCUCCUUCGACGCCAAUCUGGAUCCUAGGUGUGAUGCCGCUCUCGUGCCUCCUGAUUCUUUUUGACUUGGUAGUCCAUAACCCCGAACAUCCCGAAACAGGCAUUAGCCUUGCUCUCCUUGACAUUGCGGGUGGACACUUCAGCCGUUUAGAAUUUGCAAGUAAGGGGACUUUGCCUGGCUCAUUGAUAGCGGAGUUCGCACACCUCGCACGGCAGUAUGUGACCGAGAAACGACAAGAAAAGAAUAAAUGCAAAACUCCCGACCCAAGCACCAAUGAACCAGGCCCCAGCAUUCAACCUGCUGUUACGGAGACAACGGGGACCACGCAAUCUGUUGUCAUAUUCCCCGGCGCCGAGGCGGAGAACUAUAACCAGAUGGCCGACUCGCUCCCAGCAUUGUCUCAGGAACCAUUGGCGCCCGGUCCCAGUACGACACCACUAUGGACCCCAAACACACUUCAUAAAGCCGAUGAGCUAUUUCUUCCUCUUAUUGAUGAUCCGAGUUACCACAUCGAUGGGUUGGAGCUGCUUGGGAUCGACUUGAAGGAUUUAUUCGACCACCCGUAUCCGAUCUUGGAUGGCGUUGGCUUAUAG